AUGUCGAGUGGUGGGGUGAAGAAGGAGGUGAAAAAGGAGAUUGGGGGUGACCCAGGUGUACCCCCUGUGGUUGCAGUUCCUGCCCCUAAGUCUUCUGCAAAGCGGGCCAAAACUCUUGAUUUUGGCUUGGCAGAGAAGUGGGAGGAUUCCAGGCUGAUCAGGGAUUUGGUUCGUGACAAUGGGCGAUUGGUUCGUUGGCUUAGUGAAGAACAAAUCAACGUCAUCAACCUUGAGACCUUGGGGAUUAAUAGCACUUUGCUGUGUACUGUUGCUGAUUAUCACUGCCAGCGGUCGUCUGUUGUGAAAGCUCCCACCAUUGACUUCUUGAAGUCACAGGCCCCGGGAGUUUCGGAGUUCUACGAUGUUCUCUUUCGGCAUUGGGAUGGUCCUUUGCGAGCCCUUCACGCACAAAGGCUGGAACGGGCCAAGGCCAAGGGCUGCAAGGAUGUUGACAUCCUGGUGGUUCCUGAUGAUGAUGGGACAGACCUCGAAGCGCUUGAGAACAAAUCCCUGGAACAAGCCAAGAAGGGGAUCGUGGUAGAGGGUAUCAUAGUGAUCGAUGGUGAUGAGACUGUUGAGUUCACGGGUGGGAAGAGCACGGUUGGGGAAAAGGAGACCACAGUUGCAAAUGGGGUGAGUUUGAAUGAUGUUUCCAAGACCACGGGUGGGAAGAGCACGGUUGGGGAAAAGGAGACCACAGUUGCAGAUGGGGUGAAUUUGAAUGAUCCUUCACUGCCACAGCCUCCUCUUCACAGAGCUGGUGCACGUGUGAACAUCGAUGAUGUCUUGAACCCACCUGGGUUGCCACCCCUUGGACCCUAUGACCUUCCUGGCCUACCAAAUGCCCUUCGAGCCCCACCUUCAAGUCUUGAUCAAUGCAAUGCUCGACUUGACAUACUUCAGAAAGCUUUGGAGCAAAAGCAAAAGAUGAGAAGCACAGUCCCCAGUGCUGCGUCCACACCAGAUCCAAGCACUGUGCAAACACUUCCGUAUGAUGCUGAAGAAGCAUCUCAAUUCUUGGCGGCUUCCAAGACCCCGGAGAUUGUUGACACCCCGUCUCCAUCUGACCCUAAGUACAUCAAGCACCUCGAGAUGACUGAGUGUUCUUGGUGGAAAGUGGAAGCCCUUGCCAACAAAGAGAACAUGGCCCCUGCUCAAAAUGACCUGGUGAACGUGAACGAUGAUGUUCUCGCCAAGCAGCUUCAAAGCUGCGUUCCAGUCCCAGCUGAACAUCCCUGUGAGCCUGUUGAUGUUCCCAUGGGCAUGCCUGCUGUUUCCUUACCUGCAGCUCAUGACACCUCUAUGCCUACGGAGGUGGCUCAGGGUAUGGUGACUGACACUGAGACUCACCAGCCCAAGUUGGAGACUGUAGUCAAGCCCGACAUCCCCCAGACCAGUGCCAAGACUGACUUGGUGGUGGACAACACGAACCCUGCUGAGCCCAACAAGCACCAGAUCAGCAUCGACAAUGCUCAGCUGCCCGCGGAGGAGAACAAGAGUGUUCAGCCCAAGGAGAGCCAGAUCGAGAUCGACGAUGUUCAGCCGAAGGAGAGCCAGAUCGAGAUCGACGAUGUUCAGCCCAAGGAGAGCCAGAUCGAGAUCGACGAUGUUCAGCCGAAGGAGAGCCAGAUCGAGAUCGACGAUGUUCAGCCCAAGGAGAGCCAGAUCAAGAUCGGCAAUGCUGAGCUGGCCAUGUUGGAGAACAAGAGUGUUCAGCCCAGCGAGGACAAGCUCAACAACGGCAAGACCACCAAUAUCACUAAGGAACCAAAUGCCAAGACCAACAAUGAGACCAAGAAGUUUGAUCACCUACCUUCACACCUUCCUGGUGAUGAUGAUGUUGAAGUUGUUCCUGAUGAUCCUGCACCCAUGGCCUCAACUCAGCAUGAAGUUGUGGUUUUGUUGGAGGACAUGCUCGCGCAGGGAUUGGAUCUUACUCAGGCAAUCAGCCAGUUGAAGGAGGGCAUGGAUCUUACUCAGGCAAUCAGCCAGUUGAAGGAGGGCACUUGUGAGAAAGGUGAAGAUAAUGAAGCACCAGUGGUUUCGCGCAUUAAGCAGUUUGCCAAGAAGACGAUCGCUGACACAGGUGUCAAUGAGGAUGGUGAUGAGACAGAGAUGGGUGAGAAUGGUGGCAAACCUGAUGAGUCACUCAAGCCGAAGGCAAAGCCCAAAGCCAAGGCCAGUGCAAAAGCAAAGGCCAAGGCGAAGGCCAAAGCCAAGGCCAGUGCAAAAGCAAAGGCCAAGGGCAAGGGCAAGGGAAAAUCCACUGCCAGACGCCCUCGAGUCAGUGCCAAGCACAAAACUGAUGGCGAAGAUGCAGAUGAUGGAGAAGCUGGUGAUGAUCAUGGUGACAUGGAACCCGAGAACAAGAAGGAUGAUGAUGAAGAUAUGAAACCCGGGAGCGGGGACCACCAUGGUGAAGCCUCGGAACCGGAAGCCUUGGAACCUGAGAGCAAAGAGAUCGAAUCGACUGACGUCAAGCCUGUGGAGAAGCCUGUCACUGGAGAUGGACGUGUGGCAAAGAAAACCAGGGCAUCCAAACGUGCCCGAAAGGAUGGAUCUGAACCCAAAGAUGAACCUGAACCUGAGGAGAAAGAGCCAAAGGUUGCCCGCAAAGAGACCAAGAGUUUUGCGCGCAGGAACUGUCCAACUACCUCCCCUGCCAAGGACAAGUGGAUGGCGAUCUCUCAGGUCUUCAAGAACGAAGCCCAGAACAAGCUCAAGGAGCCUUUCUGGAACAUGGUCGCCAAAGCUGUCAAGAAAGCUGAGGACAAAGGUUCGUUGGAGAUUGGUGAUUACACGAGGUGGAAUGUAUGGCUUGCGGAAAGGCCAGAUCGGUCUCGCCAAGUUUGGCCUGGGGUGAUCAUCUUCUUAGUUCUCCUCAUCUCCUGGAUUGAAGAUCCCGUCGAUGUGAAAAAGGACAUUGAGGAGCUGAAGAAACAGAUUGAACACAAGCGACCAGUUGCGGCUCCUCUUCGUGGAACUGGCGCUAGUCUGGACCCUUAUCUUAAUUUUAUCUUUGACAUGCCCUUGGAAGAUGCUGGUGUCCAAGAACCUGAUGCUGAUGCCCAGUCCCCGUUGCUUGCCCGGCAGCUGUCCUUCGCAUCUUCUAAGCCAACUCCUGAGGCUAAUGGAACUUACAAGGUCCCUGAUGACUUGGUGAAAGCUUGGAAAGAUGGAGACCAAGACCGGCUGGUUUCAGAAUUCCUGGAUGCUGGACUGGACAAGGAUCCCGUUGUUGAGGAUGUGUUCAUCAAGCGGAGCAUCAAACGGAUCCGGGAAAAGACCGCGGAGAAGGAGAUGUGGGUUGGUGGGAAAUUUGUUUCGGAGACUCAUAUGCGUGAAGUGCUGAAACUGAAAGAGAAGCGCAAGCGCACCACGGCAGUUGAAGAGGACUCGUCAGAUGUUGGUGAUUCUGAUCUUAACAGUGAUCUCGAACUGGACAACGCUUUUGAACACAAAGAGAUCCCCAUUGCGCCAGAAGAAGCUGCUUCCAGCGACCGGGCGGACAGCAGCCUCACGGAAGCCCAAGCUCUGAAGCAAAUCACAUUCCCAGAAAUGGAUUCGGAUGGCCUCCCCAGUUGUUACAUCCCAAAGGUGAUAGCUUGUGUGGGAAAGUGGUUGGGUGAAAAAUCCUCCCAGCGAUCCAAGGGCCUGGCCAAGCGUGCUGAUGAGAUUUCUGAUCUGAACACUACUGGAAUUGUUGAUGGGUUUACGGGUGUGCAGCAAUCGCAAUUGCGAAAACUCUUCGAUGAAUGCAAGAGGGAGCGCUUUGGUUGCACAGCGUUGUGGGCACCAGGUGUCGAGAAGCUCUGUGCCUGCAAAGCCGUGCUUUGCUGCUUGGAAGUAGCCGUUUCUCAAGCACUUGAAGCAGGCGAACAAGCUGAAGGUCAAACAGGAGCAGCUCCAGCUAGAACUUUGGUUGAGCAAACAGCUGCCCUUGCUGCAGAGCAUGGUUCUACCUUCGCCAAAAACACCAUGAGUUCAAGCGGAACUAGCAAGAGCAAUGGACCAGAAGAUGCAAUCGAACACCUUCUUCGGACAUUCUGGGAAACCUACCGGAAAGAACAUCCAGACCACGAAGUGUUUCAACAUCCAGAGCGAUUGGGCACAACCUUUCCCAUAACAGUUCAUGGGGAUGGAGGCCGGACCCAAAAAAAGCAGCCUCUAGAAAUCUUUUCAGUCCAGCCCGCUUUGGGUUUGAACACGGUGGCCUCGGAGAAGACCAUGCAAUGCCACUGUGAUACCUCAGCCGCAUAUGGUGGAGGUGGGCUUGGGGCCCCGGAAUCACAACAUCUGAACAGCAAGUAUUCAACGUUUCUGACCCAUUUUCUGGUUUUUGCCUACCCUUCAAAGUCCUACGAUAUGUUUGACAAUCUCCUGACUGGGUUUCUACGGGAAGCUAUGGAUGAUUUGGCCUCCGCUUGUGAGCAUGGGGUGGUGUCCCAAUCUGGAAAAAAAUUCUACCCAUGCUGCAUCGGCUUCAAGCUAGACAUGGAGUGGAUGGCCAAGGUGGGGACACUAACGCGUUCCUAUCAGAAUGUGGGUCACGUCAAUGAAAAGAAUUGUUGCCAUGAGUGUGAUGCUGGAGAGCCUGGUUGUCCGUUCGAAGAUGUGAAUGUGAACGCAAUGUGGACUAGGUCGUUCACUAUCGCAAACAUGCAUGCUGCGCGCAAUGCGUUUCCUUGGCUGGGUUGCAAAGGUAUCCAUGGGCAUGGAAUUUGGUUGGCUCCAUCUUGCGUUUCUCAUUGCCGCAAUGCUGUGCAAAAGUUUGGGACGAACUACGCUCUGCUUGCUAACCAUUGCUUGGAAAAGGGGUAUUGUCUCUAUGGCAUGGUUCCAAAACUUCACUCCUACAUGCACUUCCGCACUGACUUUGAUGACAGCGUGAAGAAGAAACAG